CGUUAUGAAGAGGUCCUUAUGUACUAAGAGCUCUGUGUCAUUGUAAUGCAGCAACCGAUCGUGCACAAGUUCUCCGAAUCGGGUGAAGAUAAACAUUGACAUACUCAACGGGUCGUGCUUUUACUAUGAAAGACAAUGGGAACGUCGUCUAUUUAAAAGCGAAGCGCCUAUGUUUUUUCUGAAUUGCCCUGCGAGAUCGAAAGCAGGACAGAGGAGUGAACUGAAGAAACGGCUUAACGUUACCCAUCUAUAAAAUGGAUUUGAAGGAGAGCAUCAUAUCGUUUCUGUGGGACAGCUGACUAUUGCAAAUAAACGCAUUGGAAGAGUGAAGCGUCGCGGUCUAUGGGGUGAUGCUAUUGUGACAUCAUAAGUGACCUGCUAUCAUCCAAGCGCUAACGUUACUUGACUGUAUGUAGAAUAGAUGCAUUUGUGACAGGACACGUCAGUUGAUUUAUUUAUUGGGACUCUUCUGUGAUGUUCUAAUUGUGUAAAUUUGUCUAUAUAUUAGCUGGCUGUCAAUUCUGACUAGCUUGCGAUGGGCACCUCAAUGACCCACCGCGCCGUCAUUGAGUUAACAAGGCACUACUACAGUAAAAGAGGGUGUCUGCAACCUCUGCCUUCCCUUUUAAACUGAGCUGACAUCAUGUAACGCUAGCUAGUGAGCUGUCAUAGCUAUAAUUUUAGUUUGAUCAGUCUUCUUAAGCUAAGAUAGAAGGCAUUGGGAAGCUAUUAUUGGGAAACAAAUGGAUGGUUAACUGGGUCAGAGAGUGACAGGCAAACAGCUCUGAAGAAUAAAAUAUAUUGAGCUGCGAAACUUCAGAUUGACUGUGUUCAGAUUGACCAAGGUGUAUACUAAUAUAUGAAUAAUAACAGCAAGAUCGGAGUUGUAUUUUAGAGUUAUUACGGAUUGAUAAUUUGGGGGUGACAGCUGUUCUUUCAAAGUCUGGAUUGAAGAGAGUUUGAGAGACUUGCACCCAAAAGCAUCACGAGCUGUUGUGCAUCACUGGACACCCGUCAAAAAAAAUGGAGACCGCUGGGGACUUUGAAUACAGCCGAAAAGACCUCAUCGGACACGGAGCCUUUGCAGUCGUCUUCAAGGGGAGACACAAAAAGAAGAAUGAUUGGGAGGUUGCCAUCAAGAGUAUCAACAAGAAGAACCUCUCCAAAUCUCAGAUUCUUCUUGGUAAAGAAAUCAAAAUUUUAAAGGAGCUCCAGCAUGAGAACAUUGUGGCACUCUAUGAUGUCCAGGAAAUGCCAAGUUCUGUGUUCCUGGUUAUGGAGUACUGUAAUGGAGGAGACCUGGCAGACUAUUUGCAAGCCAAGGGCACGCUGAGAGAGGACACACUAAGGGUCUUUCUACAGCAGAUUGCAGCAGCCAUGCGGAUCCUCAACAGCAAGGGGAUCAUUCACAGAGACCUCAAACCUCAGAACAUUCUUCUGUCCUAUACAGGCCGCAAGAAAUCCGGCAUCAGCGGCAUACGCAUCAAGAUUGCUGACUUUGGUUUCGCAAGAUAUCUCCAGAGCAACAUGAUGGCCGCCACAUUAUGUGGAUCACCGAUGUACAUGGCCCCAGAGGUGAUCAUGUCCCAGAACUACGAUGCUAAAGCGGACCUGUGGAGCAUUGGGACUGUCAUUUACCAGUGCCUGGUGGGAAAGCCACCAUUCCAGGCGAACAGUCCCCAAGACUUGAGGAUGUUUUAUGAAAAGAACAAGACUCUUGUGCCAAACAUCCCAAGAGAAACGUCUCCUCAUCUACAAUCUCUGCUUCUGGGUCUGCUUCAGAGGAACCAGAAGGACCGUAUGGAUUUUGAUGCUUUCUUUAUUCAUCCUUUCAUGGACCCAACAUCAACUAUAAAAAAAUCAUGCCCUGUGCCAGUGCCUAAAUGUCCUGGCUUGGUCUCAGACAGCACGUGUGGCAGCUCUCCAUCCUGUCGUUAUAUCUCUCCUCCAUCACUACCAGACAUGCAGAUUCUCCCUGAGGACGUGCUGUCUUCUCCUCCUCUUGGCCAUCCCAACUACCUGCAGCUGUCCAAAGAGUCGGGUGGCAGCACCAGCAGCAAGAACUCCUCAUGUGAUACUGAUGACUUUGUGCUGGUGCCGCAUCUCUCUGGAGAGCAGUCCUAUGACCUUCCGAUGGGGGCUGUUGGUCGCAGGCCGUCCAGUGAAUUCCUAUUGUGUGGAGGGCAGCCUCAGCCAUCUGCUGGACAGACUCCAAUGGUGUCACCGCGAAGCGAGACCACCCCCAUACCUGUGCCCACACAGGUACGAAACUACCAGCGUAUCAAGCAGAAUCUCUCCAGCAGCCCAACAACUACACUUUACGGCUCUCCCAGGUCAGGCACAGUGCGCCGCUCCAACACUAGCCCCAUGGGCUUCCCUAAAAUGGUUUCUGGGUCUCCCAGUGCGGCAGACACAGCACAAACCAUAGGGCGACGUCUUUCAACAGGCAGCUCUCGACCUUACUCCCCCUCUCCACUAGUGGGGACUAUUCCUGAACAACUCGGCCACUGCUGCUGCGGACAUCCCCAAAGCCACGAGGCACGCAGUCGCAGUUCUUCAGGCGGUUCCCAUGGACCCUCCUCUCAACUACUAGGAGCUCGUCUUCACAGCGCGCCCACGCUAACUGACAUCUACCAGAAUAGGCAAAAGCUACAUAAGCAGCUGUCUGACCCAGUACACCCCACCUCAUCCGCCUACCCCACCAGCCACUCCCCGCAGCUCAGUCGCCCCGGCAACCUGGGUACCUCACCAACCAAACACCUUGGCUCCUCUCCUCGGACCUCUGACUGGUUAACCAAGUCGCCUCUACCCACCAUUAUUGGCUCUCCAACUAAGGUAUCUGCUCCCUUCAAAAUCCCUAAAACUCAAGCUUCAUGCAAUCUUCUUGCCCUGGGAUCUCAGCAGGGUAUACCCGAGAACCCCAACCCAACUAAAAUACGUGACCUCUGUGCUCAUCAUUGCUUGGCGUAUCCUAGCAGCCGCCAAUCAGCGCCCGAGGCCAGCAAGACUUCCUUUGGCAGGUCUGUGAGUGCUGGACGACUAUCUGAACAGCCAGUAAGAAUCACUUUGGGAGGACAGCCAUACCAGGGCAGCACAGAUAGCCUCAACACAGAGAGACCUAUGGACACAGCACCGGCAGGGACUUUCGGUUUGCCGGUGGGCGGGGCGAGUCCCCGCCAGGUUGUGUUCACGGUGGGCUCACCCCCCAAUAGCAGCACCCCUCCCACGUGUAGCCAUCUCGCCUCCCGCCCGCGCACCACCUCAGUAGGCUCCAACAGCUCAGCAGGCUCCUUGUGCUCCACCAGUGGAAAGGUGUAUAUGGGCUCUCCCCCGGGUAUGACUGUCGGCAGCUCCCCGCCUGGAGCUGAAGCAGGUCCAAGCAGUUUGCGCUACGUCCCUUAUGGCACCUCCCCACCCAGCUUGGAAGGAUUCAUCACCUUUGAAGCACCGGAACUGCCGGAGGAGACACUAAUGGAGCGCGAGCACACGGACACUCUGAUGCACCUACGCAUGAUGCUAUCCUUCGCUGACUGCGUGCUAGAGAUCGCUUCUCUUCGGGCCGGAGGGCAAGAUUUAAGUGCGUCUGCUUCCUCGCUUUAUGCACCUCAGGACAGCGUGGUAGUGGAUCAGAUCAGCCAGCUUAGCAAGGAGUGGAGGCAGAUGGAGCAGUUGGUGUUGUACAUGAAAGCCGCACAGCUGCUGGCCUCCUCGCUACACUUGGCCAAGGCUCAGAUCAAGUCUGGCAAGCUCAAUCCAUCCACGGCUGUCAAACAAGUGAUAAAAAGUCUGAAUGAGCGGUACAAAAGUUGCAUUCCUCUGUGCCGCCGCCUCACGGACAAACUGAACCACUUCUUCUCCGAUAAGCAGCAAAUCGUCGACGAGAUCAACAGCGUGACGGCGGAGAAGCUCAUAUAUAACCAUGCUGUAGAGAUGGUGCAGUCAGCGGCACUAGAUGAGAUGUUCCAGCACACAGAAGACAUUGCGUAUCGCUACAACAAAUCCUCGCUGCUUUUAGAAGGCCUGUUGAAGAUUCUCCAAGAUCCAGCUGAUAUUGAAAAUGUCAUGAAAUACAAGGCAAGCGUGGACCGGAGGAUCUCUGCUUUGUGUUACUGCACCGUUACCCUGUAUGAAUAAAGAGUGAAACCCGGCAGAUGCUUUCACUCCAGGGACCAUCAUCUUCUCCAACUACACAGAGAAGACUUGAAGAACACUUUGUCCCUUGUUUUAUGUUUCGUAGCAGUCAAAGCACUUUCAGUUCCUCUUCUCUAUGUACAUCGUUCAGUCGCAAGAAGUAACAGACCGAAUAUUACUUCAAGUGAAAUUUUGCGACGGAUGUGCACAAGUUCGCAACCAAAGAUAAAUCCUUAGAACAGAUUUUAUUGUAUGAAAAACCUGUCGGACUCGGAUCUCUCUUCUGUUUUUAUAUCUUUUUACUGUCCCACGCCACAACAGGUGGGACGGAUCAGACUUCUAUUCCCUUUUUACACAAACUAAAGACUGCAGAAUGGAAAUACCCAACAAUGGACAUGAUUACAAAUCAUUGCUCUUUAUUUACUGCACUUGUUUUGAUUAUUUAUUGGCUUAUGUUAGAUACAGUAUGUUAGUGUUCUUUAUUAUGGUGUUGAAAGAUGACACAGGCAGGUGUGGAGACCCAUGUCUCACUACAGUUAUUGUCAAUCCAAGGGGUACCACACACUUAUCACACCCAAACACACACAUAGAGAACACACAAAGACAGUCACAUGGUUCCUCAAACAUGUUGACGUAACGGUGAGAUAAGCCUGAAGGAGGAAUCUGUAGUAUUUACAAAGCUAAGCUUUGAAGCAAAUGCACUUUAUUGAGGCAGUUGUGGAAGAUUAUUGUCCUAGAAGGUCUGGGAAGGAGGGCAGCAUUGAUGGGGAGACACCCAUCUUUAAUUCCUCCAUCCUUUUAUACUAGUGCCAUCAUUACAUGGCUCCAGUUUGCUCCAAUCUCCAUUUCUGAAAGACAUUGAGCAUGAGGAGGGACAGACGCUCUUGUGCAAGAAUGGAAACAUAAUAGAAGUCUGCCAUCCAAGUAACUCUGGGCCUCAAGGUGAAUCAUUAAUAGUGGUCAAAAUACUUGAGUAGUUACAGUACUUUUCUUUUGAUUCAGCCGUACUGAAACGUUUUUGUUCAUAUUAAAACUGUAGCUUUUUUAACGGAUAUGUGUGACCUGUAAAUACUUGUACAUUCUGCACGUAUGUUUUUAUUUUAGUGUGAAUGCAAGUGAGCACAGCGUGUGAUUGGAGAAGGUGGAUACUGCCCCCACCCCUACCCCUCAAUCGAAGAGCACAAGAUUUUUUAUAUUUAGGUAUUUCUUUGUAAAUCUGUUGGACACUGACAACCUCCAAGAGUUUUCACACAAAUUGUUUGAGGUUUCACAAAAGACCUCACUUUGCAUGGCAGCUCCAAAUAAACACCAUUGAAUAUCUUGUAUAAACAAUUAAUUGACUGUACAGGAUGUUGCAGGUAAACAGAAGAGCGUGGGCACUGCCAAGCGUCGCCUUGUCAGCUCUGCAUUUCCCCACUCACCCAUUGUGCUCAGAACAGUUUUCGUGAAAUUGGAUUUAUUAUGUGCAUAAAUGGCCAGUUCAGGAUGCCGAAGAACUGACAGCAUGACUUUGACUCUGCUUCCUCUCAAGCACUCACGCCCUGAGACUCUCCCCAGCUUGUUCUUCUUUUAUUUUUACUAUGGCCCCCCGUCAGCCAACAAAGCCUUUACUGUACAGAAAGAGAAGGCACAGGUAUCUUCUCCCGCUCUGUAAUCUUGUACUAAAUCCAUGCAUAUAUCUGUAGUAGUAGUAGGACUUCCCUAUCCAGGUGUGAGAAGAACUGUGUUCAGAUGAUUUUCCAUUAGAAAAGACUAGUACUGAGCACAUGUACCUGUGAAUGUUAGAAUGUAUUUCCAUUUCAAUCGCACCUUUUUCUUAGAAUGGUUAAAACCAGCCUAUCACAACCUGAUAAGACAAGACACCAGGCGAUGUGUCUCAGCUCCAUUGAUUUUCAGUGACAAAAUGUUGAUGAUUGAAUUCAUGUGUUUUACCAAGGCCAUCUGUAUUUGGUCCGAAACUGUAGAAAUUAAGCUUUUGUUUAUUAUUAAACAGAUACAUUUUAUCCUGUUA